AUGUUUCGCACACCGUUACGCUCGAUGGCUACGUUGGCCAGGAAGAAUCUCACCAUUGGUCUCAUCCCUGCUGAUGGUAUUGGUCAGGAAGUUAUCCCAGCCGCAAGAACCGCCAUUGAAGCGGUUGGAUCUGACAUUCCUUCACUCAAAUUCGUUGAUUUGGUGGCUGGGUUCGAGACCUUUACACGAACAGGCACUGCGCUACCUCCCGAAACUGUGGAGUCUCUUAAGGAGGAAUGUGACUGCGCUCUUUUCGGAUCUGUCAGUUCUCCUUCACGCAAGGUCGUGGGGUAUUCAUCACCCAUUGUUGCGCUCCGUAAGAUCUUGGACCUGUACGCCAACAUACGACCCGUUGUUUCGGCAAAACAGGUGUCCCCGGUUGUCGGUGUCCCUCCUGACGUCGACCUGGUAGUCGUCAGGGAAAACACAGAAUGUCUAUAUAUCAAACAAGAGGAACUCCGAGUCACCGACCACGGGAAGGAGGCGCGUGCAACACGGCUGAUUACUGAGCGUGCAUCAAGACGCAUCGGUCAAAUGGCCUUUGACAUUGCGUUGAAUCGUCCCCGUCAGGCUAUGAUACACAAAUCAAAUGUGCUGUCUGUCACUGAUGGCCUCUUCCGGGAAACCGUUCGCGCCGUCCCAGAUAUCGAGCCGAAGUAUCAAAAGGUUACUGUCAUGGAACAAUUAGUUGACAGCGCAGUCUAUCGGUUAUUCCGUGAACCCAAAGUCUUCGAUGUCAUGGUAGCACCAAACCUAUAUGGCGAUAUUCUUUCGGACGCCGCCGCCGCACUUGUGGGGUCUCUGGGUGUCGUUCCCUCCGUCAAUGCUGGCGACAACUUUGUGAUGGGUGAACCUGUACAUGGGUCCGCUCCUGAUAUUGUAGGCCAAGGCAUUGCCAACCCCGUCGCUUCCAUCCGCUCAGCCGCUCUCAUGCUUCAUCACCUUGGUUACAUCAAGGGUGCCAAUCGAAUUGACACCGCUGUGGAUUCCGUCGUCCGUGAAGCUGCUUAUCUGACACCAGACUUGGGCGGGACUGCUAGAACUGAAGACGUUGUCAACGAAAUUGUCAAGCGGAUCUGAGGUUCUGUUUUUCAUCUUGAUUAUCAAACGUCUGCAGUAUUCUAAUGAAUUAUGGCUUAAAUAUGUCAAAUGAAAGGGUCUAUAGUUGGCCCUACGCCGUAGUAGUGUAAAGCGGCGGGGAUGGACCGUCGACCUUGUCAUUCUGGCGCAGGUAUUUAUGAAGUAAGUGAACUUCUCUCCGAAGUUCCUCUAUCUCUUGCUACACGUGCAGCCCUACCGGCAGCCCUGAGCGAUCUUCCAAGGAGCCUUGAUGAGAA